GACGUGUGCAAACGUCACGGCAGCUGACUGUGGGAAAGGUUUUGUUGUGCCCUAUUCUCGCCCUGGGUGAAAGUGUUUGCAGCAACAAAUCAGUGCGAAAACAAAAGAAAAUCCACAAUCAGUGGCAACUAUUUCCAAGUGUGUCUUUAUUGGAAAUCAUCCCUCACCCACAGUGCCUGCAUGGUGUAAUCGUACCUGCCCUUCGCAAUCUUCUACAUUCGUCCGUCCGUAUUGCUUCCUGACGCCCGAACACAAUCACGAAAACAUCCAACACAUUCAACGCACCCAGCCACCAUUCAACCCGAAGGCCAUCCAAGCUGGUCGAAUGUCGAAUUAGACCAGUAGCGAAGCUAGCAAGCCAUGAGCACAGCGGAGCCGAACGCGGCGACCUCCCAGCAGGCCCUCCAGGCGGCCCUGCAAACACUGAAGGAGCGGUGCCAAACGUUCCAGCGCCGAAUCGCCCUGCUGGAGGAGGAGAACGAUUCGCUCCGGUCGCUGCAAACCAGAGCGACCGUGGCGGAGCAGCUGCAGCUCGACAGUAGCCGGCCGGCCAACCACACCGAGCUGCGCCAGCUGCGCGAAAGUGUGGCCGAGCUGACGCACCAAAAGAUGCAGCUGGCGGAACAGAUCGCGAUGGUCGACACGGAGAACCGGCAGCUCUGGCGGCGGCUCUCGCUGAUCGUGAAGGAUCUCGGCGAGGUGACCGUCGGUCCCUCCACCACACUCACGGUCACGGUCAAUCAACAGCAGCAGCAGCAGCAGCAGCAGCACCAACGGACAUCAACCUCGCAACCUUCCCAGAAUCUGAUCCGCUCGCGCACGUUCACCAAGCACGCGCCGAAUCCGAAGCUGCGGGAGCGGGCCCACCGGGACGGCUCCACCGACGAGGAGCCGCUCAACCUGGAGGACAUUUCGCUGCUCAACACGUGCGGCUUUCUGGAGAGCUCGGGCGUGGACGCCGGCCAGGACGACGACGGGGAGCUGCUUCGGGCCGCCCUCGAGGCCAACCCGGACCUGAGCCGCUGCACCGACGGACUGCUGGACAUUAAGCGCGAGCUCGCCCGGCAGCAAAUGCUCAUGCGUGACCUUUACCAACAGUUUGCGCAAGAGCUAAACAGCCGUACCCACACGGAAGCGGAAAAGCUGAUGAAGGAUGUGAUGGUGGAGGUGGUGGAGUGUGAGCUGCCGCCCCGGAAGGCGAAGGCGCCCGCCCAGCCCGCCAGGGACGAGCCCAGCCCGUCCGCGCUCAUGUUCGGCAAGGUCGGCAUGAGCCUGCUGCUGCAGGAGAAGGUGCGGGCGGGCGGGAUGAAGCGGACCUGCCCGAUGUGCGGCGCGCUGUACGGGCCCGAGACGGCGUUCGACGACUUUCAGGCGCACGUCGAGGCGCACUUCCUGACCGAGGGCGAAACAGCGAUGGAGGAGCUCAGCCUGGACCGGUACAACGAGUACAACGCGUCACAGCCGGUCGGAGACUUCUGACCGUCGCCGGGUCCGGGUCCCGCAGCCCGCAGCCGGAUCUUUUUCUCCAGCGAACUCUAGCCGCCCCCUCCUCCCUACUCCACCCCUUUUGUUCCUACCAGGCGAGUGGGGUGGGUGUGCAUAAAACGCUGGCGGUGCCGCAUCGUCCUCCGCUGCCGUGCGCUUUUUGCUGAAGUGUACUUUGAUUUCCGCACCUCCCGUAUUUAGUAGUAGCAGUGCUGUGAAAUCUCACUGUCUCAAUAUCAUAAAAAAAUUCUGACUAAAACAAAAUCUAUGUCAGUGUCACGUACUCAAUUGUGAUAAUCAGAGGUUGGUGUGCUCAAUACAUGCUUCGUGACAUUUUUUGCGACCAUCGCUUGGUCAGUCACUACGAGUUUUUCCAAGAGUUCUCAUAGCUGUGGGACACUUUAUUGACUCCUUCUUGCGUUAAAUGAACUUAAUCUAGUGGGAAUUGGACUCUGCAGCACUCUUGUUGAACAAAUGUAAUAGGAGUUUCCAAGGAACCUGUCUAAAAAAGAUACCAUAGAGUCCAAUUUCCAACGUAUGAAGUUCACUUCUCAUAAGAAAGAGACAAAAAAGGUCCCACAACUAUGAGAACCCCUGGAAAAUCCUGAUAGUCAUAACUUUUUUAACUGUGAUCAGUUCUGCAAAAUGUCUCUAACAUAGUCAUGACAAAUUCUGACUGAAACAAAAUCAUGUCAGCGUCACGAGCUCUACUGUGAUGAUCAGAAGUGAGACUCAAAUAGUUGUUGCGACCAUCACAUGCCUGGCGUCAUUGUGUGGUUCCAGCUCUUGCUCAGUGAUUUGGUCGCGACAUUUUCUGUCGAUGAUCAUCACGAAUAUCAUGGGAGAUAUGCGGCGCGUGCCAGUGGUUCCAAGAUACAAAAUGAGUUCUGUUUGACCCGACAGAGCGAGAAAGAAGGCUUAUUUUGUUGCUUUGGACCACGCGCCAAGUAUAUUUCAACAAUGUCGUGAUUAUCAUUGGGAGCAAAUGAUAUGAUCAGGUGAGUGACCAAGAGUUGAGUGCUACAAAAAAUGUCACCAAGCAUGUGAUUGGUCCACCAACUCUUUGAAUCUCGCCUCUGAUCAUCACAGUUGUGUACGUGAGCUAAAUUGAACUUCGUUUCAGUCAUGAGUGUUGGUGACUUAAACCGUGGCAUUUGGCAGCACUGUUCACGGCGAGAAAAAAAGACAUGAUUAUGUUUGCAGACAGCAUUGAGCUCAGCUUGUCGGUCAAUGUAUUGCAUCGGACUCAAGCAUUCGCACGUCGCGUUCGGUAUGUCAUGACGCACUUUCAUUGAGUAUUAGCAAUGAGCAUCAAGCUACCACGGAUAUGUUCAUUGUUAUCGGUGGUGAUCGUCUCGUGAUGGUCAGAACAUUUUGCAGCACUAAGUAGUAGUGAGCAAUGCAAACACAUCAGAACAAAAACCAAGGCAAACAGUGUGUGUGUGUGCUGCCUCACCGUUCUUGCACACCUGUCGGGCUUGUAAAGGGUAAUCAGGUUUAAGGAAGGUGCAAGGCGUCUUUACCUAAGUAAAUUUUUUCCUAAGUACGAUAUUAAUCAGAAUAAAGAUCUUGUUACAUCUUUGUA